CCUUGUGCUUCCCAUCCAAAAAGAUUUGGCCGUGAGAUGGCGUGAAGUUGGCCGUGAAGGUCGUACAUCUGGCACCCUGCUCAGUGACUGUUUGGCCGUGAGAUGGCGUGAAGUUGGCCGUGAAGCUCGUACAUCUGGCUCAGUGAACAUGGCGGCACCGGAGGGGACGAGUGUUGAGACUCUUACUGUAACACUGAACACACUGAGGACACUCAGAAGUAGUGUUACCCUUUUUUUCAAAUUCAUUUCAGAAGGCAAUAGAGAUGAAAACAGUAAUGAAGGCGACAGCAGUGUACACGAGGAGGCAAUGAAGGUCAUGGCUGAUGUUAAAUGCCAUUUACGAGAACUGGAGACUCAAGUAGCAGGUCUUAAUCCACCCUCAAACCCUGUAAAUCUGGGUAACACAGGGCUCUUGUCCUUGGACCCCUCACCAGAUAAACUACCACUCUACUACCAGCUUCUGGACUGUUAUACUUGGAUGGAGAAGGUGAGAAAUAAGUACUUAACUUAAUUUUGUAGCACCUCU